AUGUGGAGUUCAAAAGCAGGCAGCAAGAAACAAACACAUUCAUUUCGAUGCGAGGAUCAAAUUAGUCCAAACCAUAAGAAAAAACUUCAGGACAGAACUAACAAUAAUAACAAUUUUGUGAUAAGGGAGAUUCCAAUAAAGAAAUUCUUCAAUGUAGAGCAUUGUGCUAAUAACAAUGCUAACAGAGACUUUUCGGAUUUCGGGGAAGGAAAGAAUUAUUCUGCUACAGGCAUGAAUGGCACAGACUAUGAUACGCCGGAGCUGGUUGUUUUUAUUCAAGAGGAUCGUCAUCAGCAAUACGUGAAGGACAUUUGCAUUGACAGGAGAAUUUCACCGGAAAGAAAGUGUGAUAUCAAUGAAAGAAGUGAUUUAAAUCUAGGAAUCAUGGAAACAAUGUCGAAUAACUCGUUUCGACCGAAUUGCGCCUCUCAACACCAUUCCUUUAAGGAAGCUAUGAAAGUGCAUGGUUUCAGAAACUUGAUGAAAAGUGAAAUGGAACUUUCUUUAGGAGACAGGUUUUCAAUUGAGCAUCAUCACCUCACAAAGAAGACAACAUCAGAGACACUUCGAGAGGCUUUCAAAAGGGAAAGAAACUUGACGAGGUCUUUUGAGAAUUGGCAAAGAAAUUCGAUUUUAGGAACAAGUGGAAGCAGAGCAGGGUUUCCACCACAUUGCAGAAACUGUCUACAAAUGAAUGACAUCAACAUGUAUAGACCAGAUAUAAGUUACUUACAAAGUCUAGCAACAAUUUCAGAACAAAGAAAAAUUGAUUAUUCUCAAGAGAUUUCUAAUAAUGUCUCAGAAUCUCAAUCUGGUUCAACACAAUGUAUUUGUCAUGCAAAGAAUUCGAGCAUUGAUAGCAUAGGCAGUGCAAAUUCAUUUUCUUUUCCUAUAUUACCUGUGGAAUGGGUUGGGAGUCCGGUGAAAAUGAUGGAAGCUGACAGAAGUCAAUCAAGAAAGGCUGGAUGGGGGAAGAUAUGGUUACCAUGUUGUUGUGAUUAG